AUGAAGAUCAACCAUAAAUUACUGCCUAUCAAGGCACACUUCUUUUUCUUUAUGGCAGCAAUGGGACCAAUUUUACCGCAACUACCUGUAUUUGGCAGAGAACUAGGAAUCUCCUCUUUGGUAAUGGGUACCAUUACAGGCAUCCUACCCAUAGUCUUUCUCUUUGCCAAACCCUUGUUCGGGCUCAUUGUAGACGUAUACAGGGAGUACAGAAAAACCAUAUUCAUGCUCGUCAUAACAGUGAUGGGGGUGUGUUUCGCUCUUUUGAAUUUCGUGCCACCUCAGCCAAAAGUUGAGGUCAAUUUCACAGCGGCGGACAGUACUGCUUUCACCAAAUGCAUGGAUACAGAUAUCACCGAUAGAGAUCUAUGCAGUAACCUCACAAUUAGACUUAUAUGUAACUCAAAAUGCUUCAGGCAGCCAGAAAUGUUCAUAAUGAAUUCCGUGAAUUCAUCAAAUUCUAGUUAUUGUUAUUUCGGUAACAAUUCUAUCGCCAAUACUACCAGCUCCAAAUUACCCUGUGAUAUAAACUGUGAAAAGGACAUAGACUAUGACAGCCAAUGUCUGUACAAAUCCAUCAGCUUUUGGGGAUUCGUCAUCCUCAUGUCUUUGGGAUCGAUUGGAUUCAACGUGGUCAACUCCAUCAGUGAUGCUAUUUGUUUCGAAGUCAUUGGUGACGAUUUUGACUAUGGAAAGCAGAGGGUAUGGGGCACCGUAGGUUUCGGAGUAUCAGCCCUCAUAGCAGGCUAUGCCGUGGACUUUUUCUCUGGCAAUGCGAUGAAGUACUCCCCAGCCAUCGUAGUGAUGAUGGCCUGCUGUACAAUCGACCUAUUUGCUUGUAUCAAACUGAAACUGCCGAUAAUGGAGGCUCCUGAUAACAUCUUCAAGUCCAUCAAGGAUCUACUGAAGAAUAAGCAUGUUGCUACUUUUCUCACUUUCUCAGUUUUUGCUGGUAUAGUAGAUAGCUUCAUCAUUUACUAUCUUUUUUGGUAUUUGGAAGAUUUGGCAGAGGCUACUGGUACAAAGAAUGUUAAAUUGUUAGAAGGCCUCAUUGUAGCAGCUGAAACUUUGGGGGGUGAAGUGAUAUUCUUUUCAAUAUCAGGUAAAAUUCUGGAACGUUUCGGGCAUGUCCACUGCUUCAGCAUGUGUUUCAUCAACUACGCCCUACGACUGGGCCUCAUCUCGAUAGUACCAUCGCCUUGGUGGAUAGUGCCCAUAGAAUUCAUCUUUCAAGGCCCUACCUACGCACUAACCUACACCACCAUAGUAGCCUAUGCUAACGAGCUAGCACCUCCAGGAGCUUCUGCUACCAUGCAAGGGAUAGCAGCAGGAAUGGACGAUGGAUUUGGUUAUGCAAUUGGUAGUUUCAUCGGAGGUAUUCUGUACAACUACAUGGGUGGUAGGAAUGCUAUGCAAGUGUUCAGUUUGCUCGGUGUUUUAUGCAGCAUAGUUCAUCUUCUACUUCACAAGACUGUUCUGAGACAACGUGAGACGGACAAGUCUAACGGCCAUAUCGAAUAUAAGCCUCCAGAUCUAGCUAUCAAGAUAACUGACAACCAGAUUGCUUGA